CUUGUACUUUACUGUCCGUGACAGUGGAGCAGCGAAUUUCUGGUCAAACCGAAGCCGCAGUUCUUUGUUCCCUUACUACUAUCCCGCAAUAUGGAUGCGUUAGCGUUGAAGACGGAUGGUGGAUAUCAUCUUCUCGCAUAAAUACCGCAGGACGCAGAACAGUAGGGAUCUGGACCAAUCCAUAAAGCACUUUGAACGCGUCUCGGAUCUCUAUCCUAUGGACCAUUCCUACCGCCCUGCAUACAUUUUGGUAGAAGCAUUGAUGCACAUAAUCUUGAGCAGAAGCGGCCCGCUGCAUCCAUGCUUCCGUUAUUGCCGAAUGAGCGGUGUUUGCAGAGAGAUGAAUCGCGUGCCUUGCAUAAAGAGUGCUGGCUUUGCGCCUCGUGGAUCACCCAGAUUGGUCAUGACAUUCAAUAACCUCGCGGCUCAACUUUGCUCCCGCUUUCACCACCGAGGCAACGACGAAGACUUUGGAUCAGGCUAUCGUACUUCACAAGGAGGUGCUGGCCUUGUGCCCAGUCGGUUACGCCAAUCAGUCCAGAGACUAAAUCACCUAGCGCAUCGACUAUCCACCUGCGUUGAGCACCAACAUAACAUGAGACCUUGACGAGUCACUGGAGAAGCUACACCGAGCAUUGACGCAACACGAUCCCCUUCAAUCACUUAUCCAUAUGCGGUCAGUUCAGUUCU